CGUAAUGACGCAACUCCUGAACGCAGCAACGUUCUGCGCGCGCUGCGUCACGGGCGGUUGUAAAACCUCGAGUUCACUUCCCGGUUCCUCGCAUAGCAACAGGAGGUUAAAAAAAAAAAAAGGAAGAUGGCGGAGAGCGGAGACCCCCGUGUUUAGGUAAACACCGCGAGUCAGGACCGGACCACACAGGAGGAGCUCCGGAGGGAGCGCAAGGAGGUGAGGUGAGGUGAGGUGAGGUGGAAGUCGUGCUGCGGCGCCAUGGCCUCCAACCCCGGCCGGCUGAGUCAGCAGGCCCUGGCGGUGCUGGACGUGGCGCUGCGGGUCCCCUGCAUCUUCAUCAUCGACGCCAUUUGUAACUCUCAGUCUGAUCCGGCGGAGGGCUGGAGCGGGACCGCGGGACAGGUGUUACUCAGGGUGCUGGGUAUUGCGGUGUGCGGCGUCGUGCUCGUCUUGUCCCAGAAGUCCCUGUUUAAGUUCUACAGCCUGCUCGUGGGCAUGCUGCUCGGAUCUACCGCCGUGCUGCUAAACUACUACACCACGUCGCAAGUGGACUCGCUCCCGCGCGCGCGUCCGGCACUCUGGCUGGCCUUGGCCGCUCUACAGCUCCUGUUAUCCUUGGGCUACGUGCUGCUGCUCGGCGUAAAGUCGCCGUACUCCACUCUGAUGAUGCUGGACGUCUUGGUGCCCGUGUCCGGGCUUUUCAUGGAGCUUCCCGGGGACGUGAGGCGGAUGUUAGCGGUGGUCUCGGGGUUGGUGCUGGGUCUGAACACCGCUGUGUGCCUGCUCGUCCGAUUAAAGAGACUGUACUACUCGUGCCGUUACGUGUACUUACUGGUGCGGCACAUGUACCGCAUCUACGGGAUACAGCUGCUCCUGGAGGACACGUGGAAGAGGAUUCGGGUGCCGGACGUGCUGCGGGUUUUCUGGCUCACCCGUGUUGCGGCGCAGGCGGUGGUUCUAAUAUACGCGGUGAGGAUGGCUCAGGUGGAGGAGAACGGAGAAGACGAGGCCUACGUGACGUGGGACGUGAUCUGGGAGCUGUGCAGCAGUCUGAUCAUCAGCGGCUGUGACUCAACGCUCACUGUGCUGGGCAUGAGCGCCGUGAUCUCCUCUGCGGCACACUACCUGGGUCUGGGCGUCCUGGCGUUCAUCGGGUCGGCGGAAGACGAGGAGGACCGGCGGCUGGGCUUCGUGGCGCCGGUGCUGUUCUUCAUCCUUGCCCUGCAGACGGGGUUGAGCGGCCUGGAGCCGGGUGAGCGUCUGGUGCGUCUGAGCAGGAAUCUGUGCCUGCUGCUGACGGCCGUGCUGCACUUCGUCCACGGCAUGACUGAGCCGGUGUUGAUGGCGCUGAGCGCCUCGCACGUGCAGUCCGUGCGGCGGCACGCCCCCGCCCUCCUGGUGUCCCUGGUGCUCCUGACGCUGCCGGUGGCGCUGAGCGGCAUGCUGUGGCGGCGCUACGCGCUCAACACGUGGCUGUUCGCCGUCACCGCGUUCUGCGUGGAACUGUGCCUGAAGGUUCUCGUGUCGCUCACGGUCUACACGCUGUUCAUGGUGGACGGCUACUAUGGCACGCUCUGGGAGAAGCUGGACGACUACGUGUACUACGUGCGCUCGGCCGGGAACGUGGUGGAGUUCGUCUUCGGGAUCGUCAUGUUUGGGAACGGCGCCUACACCAUGGCGUUCGAGUCCGGCAGCAAGAUCCGGGCGUGCAUGAUGUGCCUGCAUGCCUACUUCAACAUCUACCUGCAGGCCAAGAGCGGAUGGAGGACGUUCGUGAAGCGGCGCGCCGCCGUGCGGCGGAUCCACUCCCUUCCCGAGGUGACGGGCAGCGAGCUGCGCGGCGUCGAGGACGUCUGCGCCAUCUGCUACCAGGAGUUCGCGACGUCCGCGCGCGUCACCCCGUGUCACCAUUACUUCCACGCGCUUUGCCUGCGCAAAUGGCUGUACAUCCAGGACACGUGCCCCAUGUGCCACCAGAGGGUGUACGACGAGGACGACGCACACCAGCGCGCGCCUUUCUCCAACAACAAUGGCCAGGCGCCGGCCGCAGAUGAGCAGGUGGAGUUCGAAGAGGCCGGAGAAGGCGGGGCCGAAGGGGGCGUAGGGGCGGAGCCCGAAGACGAGCUGCUGGAGGAUAAUGACAGUAUAGAGUACGAUGAAGACGAAUGGGGGGCGCAGAGCGCAGCGAGCCCUGUCGAGGAGGACUACAUCGACGACGACACAGACUCCAAUACAGACUGAUUAAAAAUUAAAAAAAAAAUAGAAAUUUUAACUUAAGGAUUCAGAUCAGGGAUUUGCUCUUUUAUGAUUUGUGUGUGUGUGGAUGGGUGUGUGCUUGUCUUUUGUUUUGUGUGUGUCUGUGUUACUUAAAAGGGCUGAUUGAAUUAAAGUGAACUGAAAGGUGAGUGCAUUCCAAAGCCAGGGCUGAACCGUCAAAGAGAGGUUUUGUUUUUUUGUUUUGUUUUUGUCGUCCUGAUGAAAGGCGUGCGUAUGUUUGCUGCUCAACCGAGAGAAAUCCUCUCGUCUCCUCUCUGGCUGCCCUGCUUACGCGACGAGAGGUUAAAGGUGAUGUGCUACUUACUGUAAUCACACAGAUUUACCUCUUAAUGGCUACUACUGGUCUCUUGUGUGACCUUGCUUUAAGUUUAUGUACGUUGUUGUACAUGUCGUUAAGAAAAGACAAAAAAAAAGACAAAAAAAAAAAAGGCAACAGAGCGCUUUCUUGUAAGAAAGGAAAUUCUCGUGUUCCGCUGGAGGUCCUCCGAGGAGCUUCUCAUUUCACCACGGUCUCCUUGUUCAACUUCAGUUGCAGCUUUUCAUGGUUUUAAAUGCAUCAUUUGUUGUUGUUUUUUUUCUCCUCAUACCAUCCUUUGUACGUCUCCUCCUUGCACGAAAUUUUUGCGUCUUCGGCUUUAUACUGGAGCUGUGAGGUUGUUGUGUAGCUAAUGGGAAUUUUCCUCUCUGAAAAACAAGUCUCCUUAAAUUUUUACAUACGCAGAGCUCUUACAUACCUUUUUUUCCCCAUUAUAGUAAGUUGAGAUGAAAGUAAAAAUUUAUUAAAUUAUUAAUUUUUUUUUUUUUUUCAAAUACCUUCGCAUUUAAGGGUGGAACAAUGUUGCAGUUCCUCUUCAAUCCUACAGGUGGUGCACUUUAAACAAAAUCUAAAUUGUGAUAUUUAUAAAAUCAUGAUGCUAAUGAAAUAGGCACAAAGCUCAGUUAUCAUAGCACUUUCUGUCUUGUCUUCGACUGUGAGGGGCGGAGUCCAUGCGGCAGAGUCAUAUCAAAUUGAAUACAUGUAGAGAUAGAGAUAGACUACAAUACAGGAUGUGUUACUUUUUUUAAUUAGUCCAUAACAAAGGUUGAGUAAAUUUUGCUUUCGUUCAAAGGAGGGGGGAAAACACUGUAUUAGAGUUCAUUACACUUCUUGAUUGUCCUUUAGAGGACAUCGAUGAAGAGAUGGGGUUUUAAUACAGGUCUCGGCCGUUAACACGCCGCCGACCAGCUCGUUAUUGUAGGAGGACGUUUGUACCUGACCAUCACACCCAUAUGUUUCUGUUCUCACUAGAUCUUAGAGCGUGACCGUGAGGAUUUGGGUUUGAUCAGCCCCAUGUCAGCGUUAGUCAGGUCGGGCCCGAAAUGUUCUGAUUUAUCGUGAAGGUGUUCAGUGAAGUUGAGUUCCCUCAGUGUUCUGUGCAGGACACUCGGGUUCUUUCAGUUUUAAUACACCAUGUGGACAAGGGCGCAGUGUCGUCCUGGAACAGGAUUGGGCCUCUUGGUUCCAGUGAAGAGAAAUUGUAAUGCUGCUGAAUAAAAAUAUAUUCUAUACAAUUACGUGCUUCCAAUUUCGUGGUAACAGUUUGGGAAAGAAUGAAGUAUGGGUUUGGUGAUCAGGUGUGUAUGAACAUGAAGUCCCUGUUUGAUAUGGUGGAGGAUAGAGGCAUGGAUGGAUGGGUGAAUAAAUAAAUGUUUGGAUAAAUAAAGUGAUGCAUAAGUAGAUAUAUUAGUGGAUGAGUGGGUGGAUGAAGGGACGAAUGGAUGGAUGCAGUUUGUCUGAAAGUGAGCAAAGGGACUAAGGAUAAAAAAAGCACAAAUCUUUUGUUUUUUUAAAAUAGCUCAUAGCUCCAGUCCAAAACAACUUUAAAAAAAGUGAACAUCAAAUGCAAAUAUCAGGUAAAUCCAAUUUUUUUUUUUUUGCCAAACUGCUCCUAAAACACAUGAGCCUCUGAAUGUUGGUUAUGUUGUUACCAUUAUGUUGACGGUUCUGUCACCGCACUUCUAAAGAUCCGGACUGAGAGUGCUGAUCUUGGGUCCGUUUUUUUUUUUUUUUUUUUUUUUUACCUUUCUAACCAUCAGUAAAUUAUGUAACGUAUUUAACAUACCUGUAUUUGACAACAAAAAAAGCCUUUUUAUUUCUUGAUCAUGAAGGCUGAUGUGGUAUAAAGCCUCCUCCUGGUCUUUUCAUAGCAUAUUAAAUCCGAUUACAUAGACACUAGUGUUAGUAGAAUUUCUUGGCGGAAUGAGUCUUAUCCAGCAUUAACUCUCCUUCACACCAAGUCUCUGCAAUUAGUCGAGAAUAUAAUCUUCUAAAUAUUGAAAUAAUUCUUUCAUGUCCCCCGUUGUUAAGGAUGUGGGGAUGAAAAUCAAUAAAUCUGUGAAUUAAAUAAGCCUCAGAUUAAAUCAGCAGUAUUGAGCAGUGUCUGAUCUGAUCUGAUCUGAUUUGAGACCAGCUCCCAGGGCACUGUACUCUUACUUUCUUACAGGAAAGUAAAGGAAGUAUUUCCUGGAUGGGUUAUGAACUGUAUAGUUGAUGGAGUUCCAGUGGAAUUGUUCAAAUUGUUAAGAGGAGUUAAUAAAUUCUAUUUAAAAAAAAAAAAGUGUUGUCAUGUAUAAACAAAAAAAGGUCUGACAUCAUGACUUUUCUGGUUGUUUCCAAAUUCUACAUCCACUGUCUAAGUACUUGCACUACUUAUCCAAGUAGCGUUUUCAGACUUUGACCUUAGACUUGGAUGAGUCGUGAAAAGUUUCUACUGAAGGAAGAAGUCCAGUUGACAUGACUUACCUUCCAGAUAACUUCACCUGGAUGACUGAGAAUCUUCACUGAUGUUUUGAGCAAAGUGCUAUCUGCCUUCAUCCACAUAUAGUACCAGUUUUGACCCUUCAAAUUGCAUGGUCUGUUCUGAUUUUUAUUUCUUUUUACACUGUAAAACAACGCUAAAGGCGUCCAUAAUAUGCAAUAAUCCUUUGAACAGUUGAUAUUGAGAUGUAUCAGCUACUUAUGCUUUGUAAAUCCUUUAUAACGGCUCUAAUCUGAGGUA